AUGGAGAUUAAGUGGAUGCUAGCGUACUUUUUACUUUCAAGUUCACCGGUUUUCGGCAAUGCUCAGAAGGUGAAGACUUCGGUCGAGAAGGCAUCAGCAACCCCGAAGCAACUUGCAAGCUCUACCGAAACAUCAGCACAGAAGAAAGCAGCAGCCACCACAGGCAUGCAGGCAAAACAAAAGGAAGCAUCCCCGAAGUCAACACCAGCGCCUCAGCCACCAGCUCCAAGACCGUCAACCGAUCCCAUAAUAUGUGGCCUGAAGAAAAAUAAAUCAAAUUUGGCAUUACCCUCGCUGCAGUGCACGUUACAGCAUCUCCCACAAAACCUGACAGACCAUUGGAAAACCUAUAUGCAAAGUGGAAGCAAAAACGAAUCCGACCUAUUGACAGACAUCUGCGAAGCAGCAAACAACGAUCAAAACCCGGACUUCAUGGCCAACUAUACGGAGAACGACAAAGCAAUGAUACAUGAUACCUCAACACUGUGCCGAAUAAGGCACACAACAAAAUCUGAAUGCGAAAUACCAAACCUGAUCAAGUAAAAAAUGCACCGCUUCCGCGAUACGCUUUUCUCUUCAUUCUGAUCUGGGAGUGUAACGUAGCACACGAUUGAGGGGAAACUUCCCGGAAGAGUAAAAUCUUGCGAUCAUCACAAGUGAAAAGAAGACGGAA